AUGGACAUCUUGGGUCAACUGCGCGAGGAAGCAUCCCAUCAGGGUCAAUGGACGCUUGGGAUCCAUGGUGGCAGGCGUGGCCAGUGUCAAGCACGAGCCGCUCCUUCCCAACGAAGUUGCAACAGCACCUGCAUCAACUUCACACGAGGCAGAUUCAAAUCUUUCCAUCGACCUCUCCUCUUCAUCGACCACGCUCCUCUUCUGUCACCGCCAACAUUCCUACCGACUUACCUGUCGUCAUCGCCCAUCGUCUUGCGCUGCCUCGGAAGGGCGACUAUGGACUCGUCCUCUCGUCUUCUUCUCAACUCAACCUCCAGUCUUUGGGGAGAUGAAAAUGCCUGCUCUUCCAGUCUGCGCGCGCGCCUUCGCGAUGAUCAUACACCAGCGACGAGCUCCUCUACGAAGCCGGCGUCGUACCAGGACGUCUACCAGCAAGUCCAAGCAUGUCUAGGGAAUCAUUUGCUGGCCCCGAAGCCCGACAAGAAGACUGCACAGACGUCCGAUACCAAAGACCCAGCAAUCCAACUUCGAGAGGCGUUUGCUCGGAUGGGCAUGAACCUUCACUCAUCGGCGAUUGAACACCUUGUGCAAGCGCAUUCCGAAGUGCAGUCCAGGAUAACCCGCUUCUCCAACGAAACUAGCGCGACUCUGUCGGAGUGCAAUGAUCUCUAUUCCAACAUUGCUUAUCCCCUAUCGGCGACUCUGUGCCACUCUGAUAACCACCCUCGGGCGACAAUUGCUACCCACUUGGCCAACCUGAAGAAAGAGAUCACCGCAGCGAAAGAGGAGAUCCUUCGACUCAGCGACGAAUAG